UUGGGCUUCCAAUUUAUAUAAAGUCAGGGUAACUCUCUCUUCAAUUCUCCGCCACUCUCUCUUUCUCUCUAAAACCCUAAACCUCCUUAGGGUUCUAGAGUUUUUUCGAAGUUCAUCAGUUUCCUAACUUCAUAUCAGAUGGGGAAGUCUUCAAAGAAGGUUGCUGCCGUUGCUGCCGUGGUCGUGCCUUCGCCGAUCAAAUCCUCAAAGAAGGGAAAGAGAGAAGCUGAAGAUGCGAUAGAAAAGAAACAGAGCGCCAAGAAGCAGAAGACAGAGGUUGUGCCUGAGAAGGUUGUUAAGAAGAUUGUCAAGAAAGCUGAUUCAAGUAGCUCUGACGACUCUUCUUCAGAGUCUGAAGAUGAAAAAGUUGUAGCAAAGAAGACCAAGGUGGUUGCAAAGGCACCUGUCAAAGAGUCCAGUAGCGAUGACUCAAGCAGUGAUGACUCAUCAUCUGAAGAUGAGGCGCCACCCAAAAAGGCUGUAGCCCCAAAGAAAGCUGUAGCUGUUGCCAAGAAUGGGUCAGUUGCCAAAAAGGUCGAAUCAAGCAGUUCUUCUGAUGAUUCUUCAGACGAUGAUGAACCCAAGGCUAAAGCUGCUGCAAAGAAGGCUCCUGCUCCAGCACCAAAGAAGGUGGCUGCAAAGAAAGCUGAUUCCAGCAGUGAUGAUUCUGAUUCAGAUGAUAGCAGUUCUGAUGAAGAUGAGAAGAAAAAGCCAGCUGCCCCUGCUAAGAAGCCUGCAGCUGCUGCAGCUAAGAAGCCUGCAAAGGAUUCUUCUGACUCAAGCUCUGACAGCUCUUCAGAUGAAGAUGAUAAGAAGGCUCCUCCCGCCAAAAAUGGAUCUGCUGUAGCCAAAAAGGAGUCAUCAAGUGAUAGUUCUGAUGAUUCAGACUCUGAUUCUGAUACCCCUGCAGCCAAAGCUGUCCCAGCUAAAAAACCUACCCCUGCUGCUGUGACCAAGAAAGCAACCAAGGAUGAGUCAUCUAGUGACAGUGAUGAUAGCAGCUCUGAUGAAGAGGAAGCAAAACCCAAUGUGAAGGCUGCUGCAAAAUCCGCAAAAAAGAGUGAUUCAUCUGAUGAAGAAUCUAGUGAUGAAGAUGAUGAACCUGCCAAAACUCCAAAGAAGAGUGCUGAUGUUGUUAUGGUAGAUGCUCAAACACCAAAGCAAGCUCCCCUUACUCCUGCUACUCCAAGUGAAGGAUCAAAGACUCUAUUUGUUGGAAACCUUUCUUUCUCUGUUGAACAGUCAGAUAUUGAGGCUUUCUUUAAAGUUGCUGGAGAAGUAGUGUCUGUACGUUUUGCAUCAGAUGCUGAAGGAAACUUUAGGGGUUUUGGUCAUGUUGAGUUUUCUACUCCUGAUGAGGCAAAGAAGGCAUUGGAGUUGAAUGGUAAACCAUUACUUGGACGCGAUGUUAGACUUGAUUUGGCCAGAGAGAGAGGUGCUGCUUACACACCAGCAAGCGGAAAUGAGAGGAGCUUUCAGAAGGGAGGUGGUGAACAAGGAAAUACCAUAUUUGUUCGUGGAUUUGAUGGUAGUACUGGUGAAGCUCAGGUGAGAAGUGCACUUGAGGAACAUUUUGGUACUUGUGGACAGAUCACAAGGUGCCAUAUCCCCAAGGACUAUGAUACCAAUGAGGUCAAAGGAAUUGCAUACAUGGAUUUUGCUGAUAAAGAAAGCUUCAACAAGGCUUUAGAAUUCAAUGGAGAGUCACUUGGAGGAUACAGUUUAACUGUUGAAGAAGCUAGGCCAAGGGGUGAUGGUGGCGCUGGUGGAUUCAGUGGUGGAAGAGGUGGCGGUGGAUUCAGUGGCGGUAGAAGUGGUGGCCGUGGAGGCAGAGAUGGAGGUGGUAGGUUUAGUAGUGGCCGAGGUGGUGGUGGUAGGUUUGGUCGUGGUGGCAGAGAUGGCGGUGAUAGGUUUAGUGGGGGCAGAGGUGGUGGUGGUAGGUUUUCAAGCGGUGGUCGUGGUGGUGGUAGAAGCGCUAAACCCAAUUUGGCUGCACCUGGAACAGGCAAGAAGACCACAUUUGACGAUUAGAUGAUUUUGCUGCUGAAGUGAAUGAUCAAAUCAAUCCUGGAAUGUCCUAAAAUUUUCUAUUGUCUUAAGUUUUUGAACUUUUUAUUUGUUUGAAGCAUUUUAUCUACUUUAUUAGUAUCUCUGUUAAACUAUGGAAUUUUGUUUACUUAAUUGUCUAAUAUAUUUUUGAACAUGGAGUAUGUUAUCAU